AUGAUUGCAGAGUUGGUGUGCAGCGCCGUGGCACUGGUCCUUUAUAUCAACACUCUGGGCGCCGAUUUCUGCUACGAUGACAGCCGUGCUAUCAAAACCAACCAGGACCUACUCCCCGAGACCCCGUGGACCAACAUCUUCUACGAUGACUUCUGGGGGACGCUCCUCACGCACAGCGGUAGCCACAAAUCCUACAGGCCUCUCUGUACCCUCUCCUUCCGCCUCAACUACGCCCUGGGCGGGCUGGAGCCGUGGGGUUACCACCUGGUCAACGUGUGCCUCCACUGCGCCGUCACCGGCCUGUUCACCAACUACUCCCGCCUGCUGCUGGGUAACGACUACUGGAUCCUGAUCGCCGGCCUGCUGUUCGCCUCGCACCCCGUUCACACCGAGGCUGUGGCGGGCGUCGUGGGGAGGGCUGACGUGGGCGCUGCCCUCUUCUUCCUCCUGGCUCUGUUUUGCUACGUGCAGCACUGCGCUUUGAGGUCGGGGCACGGUCGUUGGCAGGGCUGGGCGUGGUUGCUGGGCUGUCUGCUGUGCGCCACGUGCAGCAUGCUGUGGAAAGAGCAAGGGGUCACCGUGCUUGCCGUGGCAGCGCUCUACGACAUUUUUGUCUUUCACCGGCUCAAGCUGCGUCAGGUCUUCAGCCUUCUCUAUAAGAGGAAGAACUUGCUUUUGUUUCUUAGUGUGUUUUUCCUGGCCUCAUGGGGAGCCGUUCUGCUGGCGUGUCGGCUCUACUGGAUGGGAAACAAACCUCCGAACUUCUCCAACUCUGACAAUCCGGCAGCCGAUUGCCCCUGCCCGCUGACUAGGGCACUGACCUUCCUCUACCUGCCAGCUGUCAAUGUCUGGCUGCUCCUCUGCCCAGACACACUGAGCUUUGAUUGGUCCAUGGAUGCUCUACCUCUACUCAGGGGCAUCGCUGAUUGGAGGAACCUUCACACAGUGGCCUUCUACGCUGGAUUGCUGGUACUGGCGUGGUAUGGCCUAUGCAUUCGCUCAACAAAGGGCAAAGAGACUAAUGGGAAGUCCCAUAAUGUAGCAAACGGGAAGUCCAGUACAAACGGACACAGCCAUCACUCAGAUAAUGAGAAUUCUACAUCCGAAGCAGAGUCUCAACAGACAGGUGCAGAAAAUGGUACUAAAGGACACCACGUAGCCAGAACUCCACUACCCACCACAGAAAACGUGGUGGUGUUUUCCUUGGGCCUUCUGGCCAUUCCUUUCCUCCCUGCUACAAACCUCUUCUUCUAUGUAGGUUUUGUGAUAGCAGAGAGGGUACUGUAUAUCCCCAGCAUGGGAUUCUGUUUGCUGGUGACAGUGGGAAUGAGAGCUCUGUAUAUCAGACUAAGGAGACGCUCUUUCAAGACUAUUGUGCUGUACUGCAGUGCUGUUCUGGUGCUUCUCUUUGGCAUUAAAACAGUUCUGAGGAACCAGGACUGGCAGAAUGAGGAAAUGCUGUACAAGUCAGGGAUAACUGUAAACCCUGCUAAAGCAUGGGGUAACCUGGGAAACGUCCUGAAGAACCAGGGUAAGAUAACUGAGGCUGAGCGGGCGUACAGGAACGCUUUGUACUAUCGCAGGAACAUGGCCGACAUGUUGUAUAACCUUGGUCUGCUGCUACAGGAAAACAACAAAUUCUCUGAAGCACUCCACUAUUAUAAAUUGGCGAUUGGGAGCAGGCCAACUCUCGCUUCUGCCUACUUGAACACAGGGAUUGUCCUGAUGAACCAGGGUCGUCUGGAUGAGGCCAAACGGACUUUUCUGACGUGUGCCGACAUCCCAGACGAGAAUUUGAAAGAUCCGCAUGCACACAAGAGCUCGGUCACCAGCUGCCUGUACAACCUCGGGAAGUUACUGCAUGAGCAAGGCCACCAAGAGGAGGCCAUAUCUGUUUAUAAAGAAGCAAUACAGAAAAUGCCCAGGCAGUUUGCACCUCAGAGUCUCUACAACAUGAUGGGAGAGGCCUACAUGAGGCUGAACAGGCUGUCAGAGGCAGAGCACUGGUAUAAGGAGUCUCUUCGAGUCAAACCAGACCACAUCCCCGCUCACCUCACUUAUGGCAAACUCCUGGCUAUGACGGGUCAGAGGACGGAAGCAGAGAAAUACUUUCUGAAGGCAAUUCAGCUAGACCCCACUAAAGGAAACUGCUAUAUGCAUUAUGGUCAGUUUUUGUUGGAGGAGUCGCGGCUGUUGGAAGCUGCUGAGAUGGCACAGAAGGCGGCUCAGCUUGACAGUGGAGAGUUUGAUGUGGUCUUCAGUGCAGCUCACAUGCUCAGACAAGCCAGUCUCAAUGACGCCGCUGAGAGGUACUAUGAGCAAGCAGCGAGUCUAAGACCUAAUUACCCUGCAGCACUUAUGAACCUUGGAGCCAUCCUUCACCUGAAUGGGAAACUCCAGGAAGCAGAGGCUAAUUACCUCCGGGCACUGCAGCUCAAGCCAGACGACACCAUCACCCAGUCCAACCUCCGCAAACUGUGGAACAUUAUGGAGAAGCAGGGCUUGAGGACUAUGGGCCACUGA